AUGCCACAGGUGGAGAAGAAGCAUCGAAGCCUCGCAAUGGGAGGCGUGGCUAUUGGAGGGCCGUACCAAACAGUGGGUGGGGGUGGGAGUUGCUUCCAUAACAGAGGCGUGGCUAGAGUCGUCUUCGGCUUCGGAGCUCUCUCCCAGUCCGGCAUCGAGUCGGACCGAGACGCGUCGCCGGCUGCUCAUCACGGCGUCGCCGACCGUCGGGCACCGCCAUCAGCAGGGAACCACCACCAACAUCAACACCACCACCACCACCACCAGCAACCACUGGUUCCCGCCAGACUCAGCUCCGUAGUGCACCGCUUCUCCGCCGCCCUCGUGAGUUCACACAACACCACCGGCGCCUCUCCGGGUGCUGCGUUCUCGCGGAGCCCCGACCUGCUGCUGAGCAGCAGCACCGAUGAUAAUAAGGCGCCGUCAUCAUCCGUGCUGAUGGACAGGGACGACCCAGCAGUGGACGAGAAGGUGGACAUCCUGGAAACCGUUGCCAAGGUCCUGGAGCGCCACGAUUGGAGCUUCGAGCCGGUGGUGCAAAAGACGACGGCAGCGAGCAAAAAGCAGCUGCACGUGAAACGGCCCAUGAAUGCCUUCAUGGUGUGGGCACAGGCAGCCCGAAGGAAAUUGGCAGAACAGCAGCCGCAACAGCACAAUGCAGAACUCUCAAAGAUGCUCGGCAAACUCUGGAGGUGA